AUUUUUUUAAAAAACCAAAUUUAGCAGUGGGGGGUUGUAUACCAACUUUAGUGACCCUAACGUUGAUAAGUUCUGAUAACCCACUACUAUCGGACCAGCCACCCUUACUGGUAUUUGUCCCUCCCUCUUUAGCUAACAGUGCCCCCGACAGGCACCAAUAAAUGCCCUAUUUUUUUCCCUGUGUCUCCCGAGAGAAAAAGUAAAUUUCAGAUUGUGUUCCCCCUCCUAGCGCCAGAGAAAGGAACUACAACAAAGCCUAGCUGCUGAGUCUAGAGAGCGCAAAGCACACUAGCCCUCCCAGCUCUUCCGUCGGCCGAGACGAGUCUCCUUUGCUCUUGUCUGCUGCUGGAGCUGCUAAUAAAGCUUCAUUCGAAUACUUGAGCUGCCGCGCCCUGCGUUCCCCUCAUGAGAUUCUUCCGCCCGCAACACGAGACUCAGCACCACACAAUCAGCGUGGCAAAGCCUGAAGGGCGGGGCAGGAAGUGAGGUCACUCCUUACCGGGGUGAAAGAAAUGGGCAAGUUCAUGAAACCUGGGAAGGUGGUGCUUGUCCUGGCUGGACGCUACUCCGGACGCAAAGCUGUCAUCGUGAAGAACAUUGAUGAUGGCACCUCAGAUCGCCCCUACAGCCAUGCUCUGGUGGCUGGAAUUGACCGCUACCCCCGCAAAGUGACAGCUGCCAUGGGCAAGAAGAAGAUCGCCAAGAGGUCAAAGAUAAAGUCUUUUGUGAAAGUUUAUAACUACAAUCACCUAAUGCCCACAAGGUACUCUGUGGAUAUCCCCUUGGACAAAACUGUCGUCAAUAAGGAUGUCUUCAGAGAUCCUGCUCUUAAACGCAAGGCCCGACGGGAAGCCAAGGUCAAGUUUGAAGAGAGAUACAAGACAGGCAAGAACAAGUGGUUCUUCCAGAAACUGCGGUUUUAGAUGCUUUGUUUUGAUCAUUAAAAAUU